CCAGGGGAUAAGGACACCCCACUCCAGCCCCAGUUGAUGCAGGUACCAUCCCAGGGGAUAAGGACACCCCACUCCAGCCCCAGCUGGACAACUGCUGUGUGGGUCAGUGCAACAGGCCAAGGCCCCCCUCUCACUGGGUCUCAGAGCUCUGUUCAGUACAGUGAGAUGGGGACAAGCUGGCCUCCUAGGGAUCUUCCUGCUGACUGUGGGUGCUGGGAGGCCCAGAGCAGCCUAUUCACCAACUCAGGCCCAGGGUGGAGCAGAGAAUGACUCAAGGCUACACCAGCCUCUUUCUCAGACCAAGUACUGAGUGGGGCCUGACUGUGGGUCUGUCUGGAUAGCCGGGCCAGCCUCCAAGAGGCAAGGCACCAUCCAGAAGAAGUACCUUAAUGGACUCCACUGCCACACAGCCAAAGGGCCACAGAAAGAUGGUGAUGACAAUGACCACAACAGUGAUAAUGAUGGUGGUGAUGAUGAUGAUGAAGGUGAAGAUGAUGGUGAGGGUGAAGAUGAAGAUGAAGAUAUGGUGAUGAAGAUAAUGGUGAUGAAGAUGAUGGUGAUGGUGAUGAUGGUGAUGAUGGUGAUGGGGAUGGUGAUUAUGGUGAUGAUGACUAUGAUGGUGAUGAUGGAUGGUGGUGGGGAUGGUGAAGAGAAUGGUGAUGAUGGUUAUUGUGAUGAUGGAGGUGGUAGUGAUGGUAAUGAAGGUGAUUAUGAAGGUGAUGAUAGUGAUGGUGGUGGUGGUGGUAAUGACAGUGAUGGGGAUGGUAAUGGGGAUGGUGGUGAGUAUGGUGAGGAGGGUGAUGAUGACGGUGGUGAUGAUGAUGAUGAGGGUGGGGUGAUGGGGAUGGUGAUGGUGAUGGUGAUGAUAGUGAUGCAGAUGGUGGUGGUGAUGGUGAUGAUGGUGAUGACUAUGAUGGUGAUGAUUGUGGUGGUGAUGGUGAUGAUGAUGAUGGUGAUGGUGAUGACGAUGAUGGUGGUGGUGAUGGUGAUGAUGAUGGUGAUGAUGGUGAUGGUGAUGACGAUGAUGGUGGUGGUGAUGGUGAUGAUGGUGAUGGUGAUGACGAUGAUUGUGGUGGUGAUGGUGAUGAUGAUGGUGAUGGUGAUGGUGAUGAUGGUGAUGGUGAUGACGAUGAUGGUGGUGGUGAUGAUGAUGGUGAUGGUGAUGACGAUGAUGGUGGUGGUGAUGGUGAUGAUGGUGAUGGUGAUGGUGAUGACGAUGAUGGUGGUGGUGAUGGUGAUGAUGAUGGUGAUGAUGGUGAUGGUGAUGACGAUGAUGGUGGUGGUGGUGAUAUGAUUAUGGGGAUGGUGAAGGGGAUGCCGAUUAGAAUGGUGAUGGUGGUUAUGAUGAUGAUGGCGAUGGUGGUGAUGGGGAUGGUGGUGGCGAUGGUGAUGAUGGUGAUGAUGACAGUGAUGAUGGUGAUGGUGGGGAUGGUGAUGAUAGUAAUGGUGAUGACUACGAUGGUGAUGAUAAUGAUGGUGGUGAUAACAGUACCCACAUAGAUAUUCCUGCUUUAUAUUCUCACAACAACCUCAAAGUAGGUUUUAUUAUCCUCAUUUGACACCUGAGGAAACUGAGGCUCCGAGAAUGUUAUUACUUAUAAAUGACAUCCACAACUCACUCCUUCCAAAAGAUGUUUUAAACACACCUUAAAUUCUGUGGUAUCUGAGUGAGAUUGUGUGUGCAUGACUGUGUGCAUAGGCAUGCCUGGGAAUAAGACCACUCCAGCCCAACACCUGUGUGAUGGGAACUCCUGGUCCUGUCUCACCCCUGAGCCAUCUCCCUGCAGCUGCAGUUCACCACAGGACACUAUGGACCCCGCACACUGACAAUGCCUAAAUCACCCAUUCUCAAUCUUCCUUCCCCACACAGGCAGGGUAGGGGCAGAUGCAGGUGAUGUGUCCUCACAGGGGAGGGAGCACAGGCUUAGGUGCCCAAGAACUCGAGCUCGAACCCUAGCUCUGCUCCUGAGGAGCUGUGGGGCCUUGGACAAGGACAGGGAAGGAAAUUGAGGCUGUGAGGUUGACACUAUGCCUCUCACAGGAUCCUGUGCAAAGGCCCAGGGAAACCCUUCGAUCAAGGCCAACUAGCAAUACCACCAUCCUAGAAGGAGAAGCAGGCGGUCUGGGGGAGUUUCAGCCUCCCUCACAACCAUGUUGCACUAUCUUCCUUUAAAUCAAAGGUCUUAAACAUAAUUUCUACCCUUCUCCAAGCUUACGUAUCUCUUGCACCUUACGGAUCUCCUGCACUGUUGCCGAUUGACAAGAGCAAAGUCACACAGCCUGUGACGAUGGGGAUAUCUGUCUUGAACCUGAACUUGGAUAGAGGGGUCAUUAGGCCAGCAGGUGUGCACACCCUGCAGGUGGAUUUAUCUGCAAAGGAUUCUCUGCCACACUCUUCCUAAGCGGGGAAGCAGAGAGAAGAAGAGCAGCAAGCAGCCUCAACGUCAGGGGUGUGCCAGACG